AUGGCGGAAUGUAAUGAAAUAACGCGUGAACAACUUCACAAGUGUGUCGACUCUCUGCUUCCCUCAUUUGGCAUUAAAUAUUUAAAAGAAAAACAGUUUGAAGCUUUGUACUCGUUUAUUUCGGGAAGAGAAGUAUAUGUGAGUUUGCCUACUGGUUCUGGGAAAUCUGUUAUAUUUCACCUGAUCCCUCUUGUUCAUGAAUGGAUGUUUGAACAAAACAGAGGUAUUUCGAAACGAUUUAAACAGGAUGCUAUAAUAGUUAUCAUUUGCCCACUCUUGGCAUUAAUGCAGGAUCAAGUCAAGAUAUUGACAAACUGUGGACUAAAGGCUGCGUAUAUAGGUGGCGAUCAGAGUGAGAGUACUCUUAAAGAUAUCGAAUUAGGAUUGUAUACUUACAUUUUCCUGUCUCCAGAAUCUGCUCUUUCAAAUGAAAGAUGGCGAAAUAUGCUUUCGUCUAAAAUCUAUCAAGACAAACUAGUGGGUAUUGUUAUAGACGAGGUACACUGCAUGACAGAAUGGGGUAUUUCCUCAUCAAGCGAUAAAAGAAAUGUAUUUCGUAAAUGGUAUAGUAAAAUCAAUGAAGCAAGAUCAUUGACAGAUGUGCCAUUUAUGGCACUUACUGCUACUGCUACGAAAACAACAAAGGAAAGGAUUUUUGAACUAUUAGAGUUGAAAUGCCCUGUGGAAAUUAUAGAAAGUCCUAAUAGGAAUAACAUUUCUUAUUGUGUUCAAUCUCUUGAUAAGCAUCUCUCUCUUGCUGAGCAGUUUCGAUGUGUCAUUGAAGAAAUCCGUCAAAAAGGAAAAAAUUCAAGAAGAACUAUUAUAUAUUGUCAAACAAUUAAACAAUGUUCACUAUUAUACAAAAUGUUUGAAAAGGAAUUAGACAAGUCAUUUUAUCUGGACAUGAACGUCAAUCCAAUGUGUCGUUUUAUUGAAAUGAUACAUUCUGGAACACCAAACAGUGUAAAGGAACAUGUAAUGAAACAAUUUUCAUCUGAAUUUUCACAUUUAAGAAUUCUCAUUGCUACCAUUGCAUAUGGCAUGGGGGUUAAUUGUCAGGGUGUGACCAGAGUUAUUCACUUUGUCCCAUCAAAAUCAAUUCAAGCCUAUAUACAGGAAAGCGGCCGCAGUGGUAGGGCAGGUGAGAGCAGUAUUGCUUUAUUGUUAUUUAAUGGUGUGAUGUUGAAAGUUGCCGAUGCAAAGAUGAAGGAUUAUGUUAAAUCUGAAUCUUGUAGGCGAAAGCUGCUUUCGCAAUAUUUUGACGCAAAGUUACCAUCAAAACUACCAACUGGGCACGAAUGUUGUGAUGUAUGUGCAUUAAAUUGCGAAUGUCAAGAUGGAUACUGUAAUAUUGAUCUACACAUGCCAUGUGAUAAAGAAAUGUUUUCACAAAAAUCAACAAAGUCGAAAAGUGUCAGAAGAACAGAAAGAAAACUACUACAAAAAAAGUUACUCAUGAAAGCGGUUGUUAGUGAUGAAAAUAACACUGCUAUUACUGUGUGUUACCCCAAUGUUUUGUUGGAAUUUGGAAAAGAUCAUAUAGAUCAGAUCUUAAAUCAUGCAGACACAAUAUUUACUGUGGAUGACAUAAUGGAAAGCGUAGAUAUUUGGAAAAAAACACAUGCUAAUGAUGUACUUGAAAGUGUUUGCAGAUAUUGA